GUUUAUGUAAAUGUCAUUCAUGCGAGCGAUAGUUAGGGUCCACUCCACUGGAUAGAAUUUUCAAAAAUCAAUCAGGUUCCUUCUUUGGCAUGACUGGGAUUUCUUUAAGAUUACUUCUUGAAAAUUGCAUCUACUUCAGUAAUCCUGGUAAAAUACAAUUUUUAGUAUCAACACUAAUGGGGUUCUCACUCGUGGUCACAAAGAUUUACUGGAAAUUAAAACUGCAAAAAGUAACAUGAAAAAUUAAUGGGGCUCUAGACUGAAAUUUGCUUCCAGUGGAACAUUGUCAAGGAUCAGGUAAGUUGCUUUACUUAACUUCAGAUGCUUCAGUCAUCUUAGGUAAUACUGUAUUGAUCCAGUAUCAUUCAAAGUCAACAUACUGUCUUACAUACUGUAUCUUGUGAACAUGCUUGGGAAUGUUGGCUGAAGAUUUUGCCCAACAGAACAUUAGCAAAGAAAAUGUAAAUCCUGAUCUGACAAUAAAAAGGGGAAUUAGCAGUUUUUAGAUUUGAAUGUAGCCACACUUCACCUAAUCCCCCAUCGAGUUUUACUAAAACCGCCCCCCAUAGACCACACUGACUGCAUGAGUGGUGUUCUCAAACAUGACCAUUCAUAAUGGUGGCAAUUAUGGAGGUGUGAGGUUGCGUCAAAGCUCCCGAAGCCCAAGAUAACAGGUCAGACCAAGGCUGCAGGGUAUAGUAGCGAGCGCGAAGAAAAUAAAAAAAAUAACAGGAUUCUUGUCUUGAUCUGACCAUUAAUCGCAAUUUCCCGAACAUGGUCAGUUAUUGUUCAAAUUCUUGGUCUGAAUAUGUCUUUGGUAAAAGCUUGCUAAAAGUAUUACCCAGUAUAAAAUUGGCAAGGAAGUCUUAAAUCUUGAUCUGAUGUGGUAUAAUCUCAGCAACGUCAGAUAAUGUGUCUUUGGAUAUCAUUUAAAACCAGCUGGGGUCUUGCCCAGGCAAGGAACAGGCUAAAGAAGAAGAAAACCUUGUUUUUUGUUUUUUUCAAGGUACUUUUAUAAUCAGUCCUCCCACACAGCCACAUGUGAACUCUUGACAUGUUUUCGUCAUUCCCUAGUAGCCUUUUUCUCAGCAUGCUAUUGAGUAAAUACCAAACUUCUUAUGUCAGACGCUGCUGCUUCUGAGUCGCGAAAAAUUGCUUCAUCAGUGCUAAAGCAGACGAGUUAUUAUUCCGCAAUCAAAAUAUUACGUGUCAAGAAGUCAGUGCUAACAUUCAGUGCGAUGACUAACAUACAGACAGACAGUGACAACCUAUCCAUCUGUCUUAGCUGGCGGUUUACAUACAGUAUAUUUUACGAUUUUCUCUAUAUCUAUCUAAGAUAGUAGCGACUGAGUGUAUUUAAUGGCUUGCAACCUUUCAUGGCUCGCUUGAGCUUGUCCAUCGUCAGUAUUUUAGCUAGCUACCAAGGUUAUUAAUUUUACUACUAGCUAGCAGACAGACAAGAGAUAGAUACAUACAUUUUCUUGACCAAGUUCGUUUUCAUGGUUAGCUAUUUGUGUCUCGUGCCUAUCUAAAAUACGUACAUUAAAUACCCUGAUCCAGACUCCCAUUUUUACAUGAAUUUGUUGAAAAGACAUUUUACCUUUUGAAGCUUUCAUGAGUAUUCUACAUGAAUAUAUCGAAACAUAAAUAUUUUAGGUUUCACGUUUUAACACUUUGCUUAAAAAUGUGAAUGGAGUGUCAGAUUUUCCUUUCAUCUCCCAAUUGUUUUUGAAAAGAGACAUUGCACACAGUUACAACAAUGUGUUUUUAUGAUGUUGUCUGGCCCUAUUACCGAGUUCACCCGAAAGUUACAUCACUGCCAUCUGGAAGCCUUCCUAUUUAUUUACACUGGUAAUUGUGUAAACAAGUCGGAUCGUGCACGGUCUGAGUGAAACAUUUCCGGCUUUCUUAUCUCAAAAGGGGUUGUUCGGGCCCAGCUCCCUCACUUUCUCUCCAAAACACUCGCCAGGUGACAUGAGCGCAGAAGGCAGCGCGUCUGCUUCACAUCACGAGCCUCAAAGCCUCGGGAGGAUGUCUGAAGGAAAUGUGAUAAGGCUGCCCAGCGCCUCGCUGGACUUGUUCACACAUGAGCGUCGCGCUCUCACUCGGCUGCACUGCCUCAAUGGAGGUUACCAGUUGAGGAUUUUGCCUGAUGGGAUUGUCAAUGGAGGCAGGCUGCACAAUGACCCCUAUGACAUCCUGAGGCUGCAGGCUACAAAUGUGGGCGUGGUCGUGGUGACGGGUGAGCACACGGGAAGGUACCUGGCCAUGAACAACAAAGGGGGCCUCUAUGGAUCACUGACGCUCAACGAUGAGUGUUACUUCCUGGAGAAAUACGAGGAGAACCACUACAACACGUAUCAGUCGCAGAAGUACGAGUGGUACGUGGCGCUCAAGAAGAACGGAAAACCUAAACCGGGUCCCAAGGCUACGGCGAGGCAGAAGGCCAUCUUCUUCCUGCCGAGGUCGGCGGACGCCCGUCUCGGCGCCAGUGAAACCGGACGCCAGGAUCAACCAGACUUUUGUGUGUACCGUUAAAAACACCAACUGCUUCCAGCAUCAUCAUCUAUCAGCUCGCUACUAAAUCCGAGUAAACACACACCGAUUUUGAACAUCUCUACAGGUCAGGUGGACAAAAAAAAAAAAAAAAGAUCUUCA